UUCCCCUAAGGUGCUGGUGUCCACAAACAAGGAUCUCCCUGAGGUGCCGGCAGAGCAGCUGAGAUGCAACAUGCCACGGGGGACCUGCCUGAUCCACAACUGGCAGGAGGAGAGAGCCACCAACCACCUGGACUAUGUGGUACCACUGGAGUUGGGCAGCGAGGGCUUCAUCUACCGGCACGGUCACCGCGGGCUGCUGGCUCCCCUGCACGCACCAGUCUCAUUGCCUUGCAGCACCACCAAGGAUGCCUUCCGCCCACCCCACAGAAUCCCACUGCUGGCACAAGGGCAGCGAGAAGCCAUGCUGGAGAGGAUGCUGUACCAGAAGUACCGGCAGGAGCUGAUGGAGGAGAUCCACCCACCUCCUGGUUCCAUGGAGACACUCUCCACCACACACCAGGAUUAUCGGGCAGGAGGCUUCCAGCCCACACCCCCACUGACCACCCAGCCCCAUAACUACCACAUGGAGCAGCCCCGCAGCUUCUGGCUGGAGCGAGUCCACAGCGUGCCUGGUGUCACCUGCAUCCGCGCUGGGGACAGUCCCUUCCGUAGGAACGCCACCUUCUCCACCCCCAUCACCGAGUAUCUGGAGCAGCCUCUGCCCUAUGAGGCAGCUACCCGCCAGCCGCAGCCCAGCAUGCAAUAAAGAGCAGGGGUGAGCCUU